GUAGUGCGCCACUUGGUCGUCAUUGAUUAUUUGCAUUGGCGCUUUGUGCCUUUAAAUCCCUGUUUGUUCACUUAGUGAUUAUUAACUAAGCAACAAAAGACACCAAGGUCACUUCUGUUUAAAACGGACAUUUACUCUACAAAUACAAGAAACUUUCACCUCGUGGACGGAUUUAUUUAAAGCAAGUUGCAAUUUACUGGGAGAACUUUUUCUAACUCAUGAUCACACACCUUUGUUUGUUUCAGUAAGUGUAAAGUAUCAGUAAGUGUAAAAUAUCCUUGAGUUUUGAGCUGCGUUUUAUCCAAGGAUCCUGGAGUAUUGCGCAUGACAUGGGCUCCUUCCCAUACAGCACGCUAACAUACUAAAUAUACUAGUAGGUUGUAGCCUCCACAUGCAUUACCAAAGCACUUCAUACUAUUUAGCAAGGUAGGUACUAGGUAGGAUGAUGGUUUGGACGUAGCCACUGUCACAUGGCACUCAUGGAUCUUUGAUGAAGACUACUUUGAUGUUGACUAUGGAUCAGCAGAACAUGGCGAGUUUAAGGGUGAACUCGGGAUGCCAAACAUUUGGACCAUACCGACAUGAAUUGUCUGUGGAGCACAACAGCAAUGAUCUGGAUAAUAAAGACAUGUUUAAAAGCCUUGACAUAGAAAAUAAGCCCUUAAGAACAUCAGGGAGUGUAAAGGGGACCCCAGCAGUUUCUGAAGACAAAAUCCCUACAGUGUUGGGGCUUCAGCUGGCAAUAGCACAAGGUCCGGACCGGCUUCCUGCUGACAAGAACACACAGGAAGUUCUGUGCGGGAAACUGCGUGUGCUGGAGGCUGACCUCUGCAAUAUUACAUCCUUGCUCUCGGAAUUCUCUGCUCAUCUGGUGUCCAUCAACAGUGAGGAAAGAACCAUAUUCAUCACUUUUAAAUCAUUUGAAGAAAUAUGGAAGUUCACCACAUACCACAGAAUGGGUUUCCUACGUCAGUGUUUGGGGAAUGUUCUUUUGAACCAAGAAUUCUGGCUUAAUGCUUUAGACCAGGAAGGCUCAGGAAUUGAGGUGUCAUUUAAUGAGGAGGCUCUUAAUCAGAUGUACUUAGGCUUUCUGAUGCAAGAAGGCUCAUUUUUUGGGAGUUGCACAGUGAAUCAGAUGUUUGACAGCUCCACAUCAGGCAGUGAUCUUUAUCUUGAGAAAGGUGAUAUUGCUCUGUUUGAGCCUCCGUUCCUAGGCUCGGGCUGGACUGUGCUAUCUCUGGCAGACGGAUCAAGAGGGACUAAAGCUCGGCCAGCACUGGAACCUGUCAUCCCAUUUCAUGAGUGGUUUCUGAAGUCCUGUCCUGAAUGGGUUUUGGUAGGCAGUGGAAAAACAUGCUCAAAUGUCCCAUUUCAAAUUGAUGUAGGUAUCUGUGAGGCUACAGAGGUGUAUGAUGGUAAUGGCCCCGAUGAGCUGAGUUUUGAGGCUGGUGAUCGCAUUAUCAUCAAAGGCCUACUAGUAAACUGUUUUGAGUGGUUCAUGGGCAAGCUGGAGAGGACUGGUGAUGUAGGACUUGUGAAAACAAGCCUUGUAAAAGCAACGGAUUCUCUUUCUGAAUCUGAUGAAAUCUUUAUGAAAGAAGAAAACAAGAACAUUUUCAAACUGGAACAAGAGACGAUUAAAAAAGAAACUAUUGCUUUUUUAAAGAAAACUUGCCAAAGCAAUCUUACUACAGUCUACAAACUUGAUUCAGCAAAUGCAAGGUCAAUUGAAGAUGGACCCAGCAACGGUGAAUAUGCAGACAUAAAAAUAAAUAUCACCAGUAUUUUGGGUGAAAUAAGGGAACAUCUUCAAAAUGAGCAGACACAAGACAGUGAGAGGCUCCAAACAGAUGAGCAGAUUGGAUCCACAGCGUCACCCAACGAAAUCCGUUAUUUUACUGUUUGUUCAGAACAGGAUGGUGCCGGUCCAGAUGGAUACUAUUCCCUUCUGUCCUUUUUAAGCAGCAGGGAUCAUCAGCCUGAGUUUCAGCUUCUCUAUGCUGCCUACCCAGAAUUCCUCCAGUUGCAUUUCCAGGGCCAUAGUGAUGAGGAGGAGCUGGUAGCAUAUUUAGGUGUGGCUCGGGAAAUAGCCAGAAAAAAACGGAUGUCAUGGGCACAGAGCAGAAUCUGUUUUCUCUUGGGACAGUUGUGUGCAGGAAGGUCAAAGUUCUCCCAGGCUCGUGUCUAUUAUGAGGAAGCAUUAAGCAUACCCAGAGACUAUUUCACAGACAUCUACCUUCUCUCUGCUAUCUACUCUAACCUGGCCCUCAUUUAUCUAACACAAAAAAAUGCAGAGAAGUAUCUUGCUCUAUCUGAACGCUUUGCUGCUUUAUUACUGGCAGACUGUAACUAUUUAUCUGGCACAGAAGACCCUGAGGUGUUGACGUAUGCACUGAAAAAGGCAGUUCUGUCCCAGAACAAAUCUGCAGAAGCCCGCGUCUGUUUCCUGCUGUCCAAAUUUUACCUGAAGCUUGAAGAAGGGAUGAAUGCAGUGCCUUUCAUUGAGCGGCUACAGAUUUUGGCAGAUGAGAUGCCUGGAACUUGUGACAAGAUGCAAAGUCAUGGUUUUUUACUUUUAGCAAGGCUUUAUAGUGACUACGGUCUUCUUCACCUAGCUGAGAGCUCAGCACAGCAAGCAUGUCAACAGGUGUCUUCAUCAGUCACUGAUUGUUUCUGCAGCAUCUCUUUGCUGUUAGAGAAUGCUCGAGAACUGUAUGGUGUAGACAUCCCAGCACAAGUUGUUCCAUGUUUGACUCGAGCUGCUGCUUUAGAAUCUUUUGACAUGGAGCCCAGUCUUUCACAUGCCUAUGCCCUGUGCCUGUCUUGGCUCUUCCACAAACAUGGCAUGCCUAAAAGGGCAGUUCAGUACAUGUGUGACUUCCUCAAUCAUUCCUCUGCUACCGUGCUCAGCCACUCUGAUGCCAGCGCUGCACUUAUCUGGCUGGCGUGGUUGUAUAUCUGUAACCUCCAACCCCACAGUGCUCUGGAUGUCCUGGACUCAGUCCUGUCCUCCCUCCCCGAGCACUGUACAACCCGGCUGGAGGGUGUCAUUUAUAAUAUGCGUGGCAUCACGUUGAGACAUGCCGGUGAUGUCAAACAAGCUGCAGAGAACUUCCGUGCUGCAAUCGAUGUCUGUGAGGAGUUUGAAGACAGAUGCAACUGGGCCAUAGCACUUGCAAACUUGGGCUUCUUGAAUUUACAGGCCAAUGUGAAACGGGUAGCAGAAGAACAGCUCACGCAGGCAAUAGAGCUGUUCUGUGAGCUAGAGGAUGAAGAUCAUGAGCUGAACUUUGUUGUUGUGCUUCUAGCGCUUGGAAAGUUUUAUGUUUCGCAGGGUUUUUGUGAGAAAGGAAAGGUCUACUAUGAGUGGGCCCUGCUGACUUCCAUCUUUUAUGAUAACUCAGAGAGCCAGCUGCAAGCUACCCGCCACCUUUGCAUGCUGUACAGCGAAGCAUGUCCUGAUGAAGCUCAGUGCAUCAUUUACAAUGAACACCAGCUGAACCUGCUUCAGCAGACAGGAGACAGAACCCUGGAGGCAGAGAUAUUGGAAAAGAUCAGUCUGCUGUACCUCAGCCUGGGUACAGAGAAGGCAAAUAGAUGUGCUCUGGACUACACCAAAAGAAGCAUAGGGAUCUACAUCGACAUGGGGACAAAGAGGAAAGAGGCUCACGGAUGGCUUCAGGCAGGAAAAAUCUACCACAUCCUCAAACAGACUGAGCUGGUGGAUCUCUAUGUGCAGGUAGCGCAGGACAUUGCUUUAAGUACAGGAGACACACUAUUCAUUGUGGAGCUGCUGGAGGUGGCGGGGGACAUGUUCUAUAACAGCACACAGGAUAGAGAGAAAGCUGUCUGCUUCUACAGAGAUCGAGCUCUCCCGAUAGCAGUGAAGACAAGCAGUGUGCGUUGUCAGCUCAGGUUGUGUAAUAAGCUAGCAGAGUUGCUGCUCCAUUUGGGACAGUAUCAAGAAGCUCUGGAGUAUGCACAGUCUGCAUUAGAGAUCAGUGUCAAUCUGGCUGACCAUUUGAACGUGCGUGUGGCGUUCCAUCGGCUGGCUACGCUCUACCACUGCCUGAGUCAGUUUGAGCUGGCUGAGCACCACUUCCUCAAGGCGCUCUCACUCUGUCCCUCACCCAUGCAGUUUGAUGAGGAAGCUCUGUACUAUGUCAAAGUCUAUCAAACUCUAGGUGACAUUAUCUUCCAUGAUCUAAAGGACCCAUUUGAUGCAGCAGGUUAUUACCAUCUUGCCCUGGCAGCUGCCAUGGACCUUGGCAAUAAAAAGUCUCAGCUUGAGCUGUGCACUCGCCUGGCCACUAUCUACCACAACUUCCUCAUGGAUCGUGAGCUUUCCCUGCACUUCUACCAACGGGCCCGUGCCUUCGCUGCUGAUCUCAAUAUCCGCCGCAUCAACCUAUCACCAGACCAGUGUUUUCGCACCACAUCCCAAUACAGGAUCACCGCCUUGCAGGAGACGAGCUAGAAAAAUCAAACUGUACUGAGAAAACAGAAACCUAAACUGAACUGAAGCACAACACUGUAAUGUUUACAGUCUUCUGACCAGAUGUUUUGUGUAGUGGUUCAUUUACUUUUAUGUGUGUUGACUGGCUCACUAAUAUUUGAAGUCAGAAAUUCUAACUGAUUCAACAUUUCCUUAUAUCACUCCAGGAGUCAAUUUUAAAAGUGACAACUAAAUGAUAAAAUUGAAGCACAUGACUGAAAAAAAUCAAUCCACAUUAAAUUGAAUAAUAAUAAUAAUAAUAAUAAUAAUAAUAAUAAUAAUAAUAAUAAAUACAGCAUCUUUGUUUAUGUACAUGUUCAAGCCUUUAAUGAGCCAUUAUUUCAUUUGGCAAGCUAAAGUCACUACAUUUUUAUAUUGCUAAAAUGUGAUUUUGUGUGUGUGUGUGUGUGUGUGUGUGUGUGUGUGUGUGUGUGUGUGUGUGUGGUGUGUGUGUUGCCCUUCAGUGAAUCCAGGGUGUAUUCCUGCCUCAUGUCCAGUAUUCCUGGGUUGGGAUCCAGACUCAACUGAACCCUGACCAUGACAGAUUGAUUACUGAAAAAUACCACAUCCUCAAACAGAGGGAAAGAAAGAAUAAACCAAUGAAUAUUAAUAGAAACUAGACAAUUAAGGGCAAUGCUUUAAAUGUGUCUGGAAUGAGCUCUUCAGAUGGACCAUAAACCGUUCUUCACAACAGAGGCAGCCAUGUGAGAACACCACAAGACCUCAUCACGUUCUUAUAAAAAACACAUACAUUCUUUUUUAGUCCAAGACUGGAAGGAGGUAACAGUGCUAU